AUGGAAUUAUUACCAGCAUCUGAACAGACUUUGAAGUCAAGUUUACCUUCUUGGGAUAAGAAAAUUUUCACGGUAAGUUUAGAUAACAACAGAGAAAAUACUAUUAACAUCAGAAAUAAAAAUUUGCAUCAAAUAGAUCCAUACAAUAGUGAACAAGGGCACAAUUCGGAAAUUUUUCACCAUAUUAUGAAUAAUAAUGACUUAAUGGGAGAUAAUAUCAACUCUUUUCAUGAAACUAAUGAUGAUGCAUACUCCGAGAAGUUUGCACAAAAAAUGUUUCAAAAUGAAAUAAGAUAA